CAAAAUGACGGAGAAAAGGGACAAUGAGAUGUCCCUUUUGGACAACCAAGAAAAUCAGAAAACGAAAAGUGGCCAUGUUGUUUUGACGGAGGAGGACGACCCGGAUACCCAGUGCGGGAUAGGGUCGUGCAAACCACGUGCCCUGCAGGUGUUUGCCAACAUUGCCGGCUUCACCGGCUUCUACAGCAUAACAAGUCUUCUUUCGGCAACGUUGUUGACAUAUGUUAAUUCCCAAGUCACGACACUGGAGCGUCAGUUUGGCUUUACUAGCGCAGAAACGGGAAUAAUAAUGGCUAGUAACGACAUUGGCUAUAUGCUUGUUGUCGUAUUCAUUGCUCACUUUGCCCAUCGAUCUCAUAUUCCCCGGUUCAUGUCAGCAAGUGUCAUGCUUUUUGGCAUUUCCGGUCUAAUUUGCUGCUUACCUCACUUCCUGUUUGGAAUGGAACAGUCACCCAGUGAAGAGCCCAAUCAAGAGUUUGUAUCAAGUAAUGCGACGUCUCAGUCACGAGUGUAUGGCCUGUGUUCGUUAGCAAAUGAUUCGCUCAUGAACUUUUGUGAAGAAUCUGAUUCUCCUGAAAAAUCGGAAGUGACGUCAAACAGACCACGUGAUCAUGCGGCUGCAGCGCUUGGGAUUAUCGUCAUCGGGAUGGCUCUGCAAGGGGUAGCAAAGGCCCCAAGAAAUCCGUUCUUGAUAACAUAUGUAGAUGGAAAUGUGGAAAAAGCCAAAACAGGAUAUUAUAUGGGCAUCAUUCAGUUGGCCAUCUUCGGUCCAGCUCUGGCCUUCAGUCUCGGCAAUACUUCACCAGCUAUAUGUCACGCCACAGAAAGGCUCACGUUGGGAGAUAUGUACAUGGUCACAAUCUACUUCUGCCAUACCACUAAAGCAAUGUUCACGCUUGAAGACACAGACCUGUACCCCCGCCACCCUCGUUGGAUCGGUGCCUGGUGGCUGGGAUACCUCGUGUUCGGAGCUGCAGCCAUCAUUAUGAGCUUCCCUCUUUUCUUCUUCCCCCGCAGACUAAAGAAUGCUCCACCAAGCGAUGCCAUGGACGAUAUAAAGAAACAGAAAAAGAAUCUUGAUAACCUCACAGCCAAACUUAUUGUAGAGGUUAAAGAUUACUUAAAGGUACUUGUGGGCAUCUUGACCAACCCUCUGUACGUCACUCUGGUCGUGGCCAGUGUCACUCAUCUGUUCUCUGUUGGGGGAGCGCAUGCCUUCAUGCCCAAGUACAUGGAAAACCAGUUCGGCCUUCCAGCAUGGAAAGCCAACCUUCUCAUGGCUGGUCUGAGCAUGCCGAUGGCGUCACUGGGAACGUUUGUUGGCGGUUGGUUGACCAAAAAGUUUAAGAUGAGUCCCAUAACAGGGUUGAAGUUUGUCAACAUCUUCACGUUCGUCGCAAUCGCAAUAAUGUCCCUUGGAUAUCUGUUUGGAUGUCCACAACCAAAGAUACUGAACCAACCUGGGACAACGACGUCUUUGACAGCUGACAUAGACGACUGCGGAAGUUCCACCUGCCACUGCAACGACAACGACUUCUUCCCCAUCUGUGGCUCCGACAACAACAACUAUUACUCACCGUGCCACGCAGGGUGCCUCGCCCAGAAAGGACCGAGUUACACGAACUGCACGUGCAUACCGAACGGUGGCAAGGCGACCCCGGGUCUGUGUGACUUCGACUGUCCUUACCUGUAUCCCUACGCUGUGACUCUUGCUGUAUCGGCCUUUCUCAGCACUAUGAUGAUUAUGCCAAAGAUCAUCAUAAAGAUCAGAUGUGUCACAGAGAAGCAGAAACCGUUGGCUGUUGCGUUUUCAUCGUGUAUGACGUCAUUGUUCGGCUUUCUUCUUGGACCAAUCAUAUACGGCCGCGUCAUAGACUCCACCUGCCUGAUUUGGGAUUCGCCUUGUGGUGAAAAAGGAGCAUGCGCAUUAUACGAUAUCGUUGAUUUACGUCUGAAAAUCCACGGAUUCUACGUUGUGUCACGUGCUAUAACUUGCAUCUGUUUGCUCAUCGCUCUGGCAAUAGCCGUUAAGACGAAAAUAUUUGAAAAUAAGAACCCCACGAAAGAAGAUGAAGAGAAGGAGGUGCUGUGAUGACCAACUAGUGAAACAGGACUGAAACAAGCGUUACAGCAGAGUAUUACCUGCUUUCAAAUAAUGUGUUACACAGGACCUUGUAUAUGGAUUAUACAAUAUAUGCAAGUACACCAUAACGUAGAUGCCUUGGCAGAAAUAUACACUGUUGGGGAUAUUUAGGCCAUAUAUAAAAAUGUUAUUGUUUCUCAAUACCGCCCGACCCAACAAUUCGAGGUUUUGUUGAGUUUUUACACUAGAUAAAAUGUAACUUUGACUCUCAAAAUGUGCAUGACGUCUUUAUACCUCUAAGUUUUCAUUUUCUAUCGGAGAAAAUUCCCACAGAAAUCAAGGGGUUUGGCGCAUGAAAUAGAAUAAAAUGUAAAAACAAAAUCCUCCCGCCCGAUAAAUUUAAUGCGAGUUUACCGCAUGUCCACAUAUUUCUUUCCCAAGAACCCGGAAAACGAUACGGCUUUUGGAACAGGAGUAAGCUAUUUAUUUAUUGUAAAACCCAAGGCAACUGUAGUUUGCAUUUUCUGGAUUUGUAACUUUUG